CCUUAAAAUUUGUAAACAAAAGCAAAAUAUCAUAAUUUUUAAUUUAUCCUGACUUUUUACUACGUUUCCAGUCUAUUGGGAUGCGUCUGAAUGAGAAAACGAAAUUAGUUGGUAGCCGGAUAGUCCUUGUUCCCUAUGAAGCUCUCCAUGUGCCCAAAUACCAUAAAUGGAUGAGCAGCGAGGAACUGAGACAGCUGACUGCCUCAGAACUACUGACUCUGGAUGAGGAAUACCAGAUGCAGCAGAGUUGGCGCGAGGACAAUGACAAGCUAACUUUCAUCGUCCUGGACGCGGAAGCCUACUCCCGCGAUCAGGAUGAAAUCGCAGCCAUGGUGGGAGACACCAAUCUCUUUCUGCAUCUCGACCCCGACACGGACCAACAAGUGGCCGAAGCAGAGAUAAUGAUUGCCGAGCCAUCGGCCAGGGGCAAGGGCUUUGGACGCGAAGCCAUGCUUCUGAUGCUUAAAUAUGCUCAAGCCCAAUCCCAGCUAAAGCUGGAGAAGUUCGAGGUGAAAAUAGACAUGCACAACACUAUCUCCCUGCAUUUAUUUGAGAGCUUUCAGUUUGUGGAGACCCGCCGUGUAGAGGUCUUCCAAGAGGUCACACUGGAGCGACCGAUCACGCCGGAGUGGACAAGCUGGCUUGACAAGCAAGUGGAGCUAAGGAUCGAAACCUAUUAGAAUAUGUUUAAUUAUGAAUGCAUUUUUUAUCAAUGUACAAAUAUAGACAAAUGGUUUAAGAAAUAUGGUUGUAUAGACCCACCUGCGAGUACAAAUCAAAAGUCUCGGAUUAAUACA